AUGUCCAAGCCCGACUACCCGAUAGUAUUAGUCAAGAACCUUCCCUAUAAUACUUCCUCAGCUGCAUUAUAUGAUUUGUUUGGAAAGUACGGCAACAUCAGUCAAGUACGAGUGCCAGAUGGAUCAUCGGGACAAGCAAGUUUGGGGACUUGUAUUGUGGUGUACAACAAUCUAGAAAACGCUAUACGAGCAUCACAAGAGUUGAAUGGAGUCAAUUUCCACGGCCGUUAUCUAGUGUCGGUCAUGUACCAAGUCGAUGCUUCAAAGAUCAUGCAAGAGGAUUUAGUAGUGAGAAAAGCCCACAUUGAAGAGUUAAAAAGGGAGUACAAGAUUGAAUGA